AUGGAAGGAAGAAGGGCAGAUCGAUACUCCCCCUAUAAUCACUACUCCCUUGUCCCUUUCACAGCAACCCCCUUCCUCCUCUCACAGCACCUACCUUCCCCCUCUCUCAGCACCUCCCUUCCCCCUAUCUCAGCACCUCCCUUCCCCCUUUCACAGCAACCCCCUUCCCCCUUUCACAGCACCUCCCUUCCCCCUCUCUCAGCACCUCCCUUCCCCCUAUCACAGCAACUCCCUUCCCCGUCUCAUAGCACCUCCUUUCCCUCUCUCACAGCACCUACCUUCCCCCUCUCUCAGCACCUCCUUUCCCCCUAUCUCAGCACCUCCCUUCCCCCUAUCACAGCAACUCCCUUCCCCCUUUCACAGCGACCCCCUUCCCCCGCUCACAGCACCUCCUUUCCCCCUCUCUCAGCAUACUCCCUUCCCCCUAUCACAGCACCUUGCUUCCCCCUCUCUCAGCACCGCCCUUCCCCCUAUAAUCAAAACUCCCUUCUCCCUUUCACAGCACCCCCCUUCACCCUCUCACAGCACCUCCAACCCCCUUCCCCCUCUCACAGCACCUACCUUCCCCCUCUCUCAGCACCUCACUUCCCCCUAUCACAGCAACUCCCUUCUCCCUUUCACAGCAACCCCCUUCCCCCUCUCUCAGCUCCUCCUUUCCCCUUCUCUCAGCACCUCCCUUCCCCCUAUAAACAAAACUCCCUUCUCCCUUUCACAGCAACCCCCUUCCUCCUCUCACAGCACCUCCUUUCCCCCUCUCUCAGCAACCCCCUUCCCCCUCCUUACAGCACCUCCUUUCCCACCCUCACAGCACAUGUUGCACACUGA